AUGGAAAAAUUUGAUCUGCCCAAACGCCUUCAGGGYAGCACGCCCAGCGUAUGGAACGAAUAUAUUGCAUUAGCUAUGCAGUACAAGCCAUUGAAUCUGGGCCAAGGAUUUCCGGAUGAUGCAGCACCGGACUAUGUCACCAACUCGCUGGCAGAUAUUGCCAAGGAUGAGAAUCCGUUGCUACAUCAGUACACUAGAGGAAAUGGUCAUGUUCGCCUGGUGCAGGCACUGUCCAAACUCUAUAGCGGCCUCGUUGGCAAAGAGCUCAACCCGCUUAGCGAUAUUCUGAUUACUUCCGGCGCCUAUGAGGCUCUCUACUCCACCAUAAUGGGACAUGUGGACGAGGGUGAAGAGGUCAUUAUUAUUGAGCCCUUCUUCGAUUGUUAUGAGCCCAUGGUCAAAAUGGCCAGAGGUGUUCCUCGUUUCAUUCCACUGAAAUUGCGAAAGAAAGACGGCCCGAUUAGCUCCGCCGACUGGGUCUUGGAUGAUCUUGAAUUGGAGAAAAUGUUCAAUGAGAAGACAAAGAUGAUUAUAUUAAACACCCCGCACAAUCCCACCGGAAAGGUCUUCCAUCGCCAGGAACUGGAGCGCAUUGCCGCAUUGUGUCGCCAGUGGAAUGUUCUCUGCGUAUCGGAUGAGGUCUAUGAGUGGCUUGUCUUUGAUGGUGUCGAACAUGUAAAACCUUUUCGGUAA